GUUGCAUGAACUUUUCUCGGGACACACACACACACACACACUUGAGUAGUCCACGCAACACACUGAAGACUGUCGUGUUUUCCUCGUUCUCGUUUCCAUCGUGGAAAGAAAACAAAAAUCGCCGCCAUGUCGAAAGGAUGCAUAACUGUCACCAAGUACUUUCUGUUCCUCUUCAAUCUCAUCUUCUUUGUCUUUGGAGCAUUGAUCAUGGGCUUUGGACUGUGGGUUCUCCUCGAUAAUCAGAGUUUCAUUUCUGUUUUACAGGAAUCAUCAGACACAGUGAAAGUGGCGUCCUAUAUCCUCAUUGGUGUGGGUUCCUUGACCAUGGCCAUGGGCUUCUUUGGCUGCAUUGGAGCCAUCUAUGAAAUACGUUGUCUCCUUGGUUUGUAUUUCACCUGCCUCCUGCUCAUCCUCAUUGCGCAAGUUACUGCUGGAGUUCUCAUCUACUUCCAGAGGGAUCAGUUGAAAAAUGAGAUGUCCAACAUCAUACAGGGCAUGAUAAUCCAUUACACUGGCCAGAACAGAACAACCGAGCAAACUUGGGACUACAUUCAGAGAACGAUGGAGUGCUGUGGGUGGACUGGGCCCGGGAACUGGUCUGACAACAUUUUGAUCAGGAACAGCUCUCAGAAUCUCUAUCCUUGUUCUUGUCGCAAUGAGUCCCUGCCUGGCACUGACCUCAUGGUGGAGGGCCUGUGUGAGCACUUGUCCACAGAACUUCCCGUCUACGAAACGGGCUGCGUAACUAGUGUGGAGAAAUGGCUCCUGGAGAACUGUGGAGUUAUUCUUGGAAUCUGUGUUGCAGUAGCAGUUGUGGAGCUUCUUGGGAUGAUCCUCUCCAUGUGUCUGUGCCAGAGUGUGGGCCAGGAGGAUUAUACCAAAGUACCCAAGUACUGAUUAACUCUAACUCUCUCACACACACGCACACACACACACACACACAGAUGAACUCCUCCCCUCCCUUGCUCUUUUUACUCACACACACACACCAUACAUUCUUGUAUUUGUUACCUUCUUGAGACCUCCGAAAAAGGCCUACCUCUUUAGGACCACCCUUUCUAGAUAUAUAAAGAUUUGUAUUUACAACAUUAAUUAUAUGUACAUACUAUGCAAAUAUAAAAAAGGUAAGGUUUUAGUUAACUUUUUUUUUUUUUUUUUUCGGUAAUUGGUUUUUAACCUUCAUUAUUUACUCCAAGUUAUAACAGUAUGUCUCUAUAUACAUAUUUAUUUUAGUUUUUUAAAUUAAUUAACACACACACUUGUUACUACCGUAUUUUUCGGAGUAUAAGUCGCUCCGGAGUAUAAGUCGCACCGGCCGAAAAAUAAUAAAGAAGGGGAAAAAAAACAUAUGUCGCACUGGAGUAUAAGUCGCAUUUUUGGGGGAAAUGUAUUUGAUAAAAGCCAACACCAAGAAUAGACAUUUGAAAGGCAAUUUAAAAUAAAUAAAGAAUAGUGAACAACAGGCUGAAUAAGUGUACGUUAUAUGAGGCAUAAAUAACCAACUGGUAUGUUAACGUAACAUAUUAUGGUAAGAGUCAUUCAAAUAACUAUAACAUAUAGAACAUGCUAUACGUUUACCAAACAAUCUGUCACUCCUAAUCGCUAAAUCCCAUGAAAUCUUAUACGUCUAGUCUCUUACGUGAAUGAGAUAAAUAAUAUUAUUUGAUAUUUUACGCGAAUGUGUUAAUAAUUUCACACAUAAGUCGCUCCUGAGUAUAAGUCGCACCCCCGGCCAAACUAUGACGAAAAAUCCACACUUCAAAUUUUUUACACACACUUGUUAUUUCAUAUGUUGACCAGAAUAUGUUUUGAUAGAUUUCACCACCAGGGGUGCAAAUGAGACAUUCUCUAUUAGAUGCAAUGGUUUUCUGUAUUGGGACCAUGAUUUAUGUCUUAACAUGUCCUCAUAUGGAAGGUACUUUUCCUUGUUGAUGUCUCAAGAAGGGUAGAAAUACAAGAACACACCACAGCUGCCACCUGCCUUGACAGCUGUGCAGAUUCCUCAAGUUUGUCACACUUGUCGACCAUCAUUCACUAGUUACCGUUGUUGUCUUAUUGUAAUUACUAUAUUGUUGAUGUUACUACUAUAUAAGCCUUUUAAAGGGGACUAUGGUUUGUCUGCUUCUCUUUUACUGUCUCAUGUUGCAUAGUUAGCUAUUUGUCUCGUCUUUCGCUGACCUCAAUGAAGCGCUUAACAGAGUAGAAAACGAGAGAGAGCACUUUAGUCAGACGAGUUUCUUAAAGACGAGUGGGAGCCGAGAAGGUCGUGAGUGUUGCCGAGUUGAACGAAUCCCACUCUCUGAUCCCGGGUGGAGGAGGCGGGGCUGCUGUGGUUGAAGCAUUUUGUCUUCAUGGUACGCCCGCCCAAAGUCACAUGACUUUUGAGCGUGUGGGCCUUCUUUAGCGUUCCUUUCCAUUGUGUAUAUACAAGUGUGUCUGUGAAAGCAUCGUCUGCAUUUGUACAUUUUGGUGAAAGUCAAGCACAGCACAGCAGAGUGACAGAGCUGACAAACGUCAUUCAAGAUGGCAGUACAGAGAAAUCCAUAUUUGGUACCAAGAUGAACGUGUUUCACUCAUCUUAUUUGUUAUUUCAACAUCUAACAUGGACUCAACAUCAUUUAAUUUAAACAAGUAAACAUGUUCCUGCCUAAUUUAGUAAAUAUUUUACCAAUUAAUUAUGCAGGAAACUGGCCAAUAAAAACUGCAUUUUUUGUUUUAUCUUUAAUUUAAGAGAUGAAGGCUUUUUUAUACUGUUUAAAAUGUGUGUUUUUUUACUAUCUUAAAGAAAUGUAAUAGAAAAAGUAUGUGGAUUUGUAAGCCAUCUUGUUUUAAUGUAUUGUUCUUCUUACAGAAAACUAGUAUUAAACAUGAAUACUCUUGUG